UCUCAAAAGACAUUGAAGGUUUUCUGUUCACUUGUUUUUCUUCAUCUUCACUUGGGUGUUGUCAUUUUUUUCCAUUUGUUUUUCUCUUCUCGUUUUCUUUUUUUUUGUCGAAUACAAUUAGUUAAUUGUAGAAAAUAGUGAUCCCCAUCUGUGGAUUAAUUGUACCAACUGAUUAGCUUAAUUAUCUGUCAUCAAUUGGAGUUGAAUAGAAAGAAUCAUUUUUAUAUUUCCAUUGGAAAAAUUUUUUUCUCUUAUGUUAUAAUUUCUACUCUAUGACCCAAUGUCUUCACCGAACACUAUGUUUUGUAGCCGAUGUGGCCUAGGAUUUGAAGAGAAUGAGAAAAUUGUUAAUUCAGGAGGUGAAGUUUGGCAUCAAUCGUGCUUCGUUUGUGCCCAAUGUUUCCGUCCGUUUAGUAAAGAUGCCAUUUUCUAUGAAUUUGAAGGUCGAAAAUACUGUGAACAUGAUUUUCACGUUCUCUAUGCUCCUUGUUGUGGAAAAUGUGGACAUUUUAUCAUAGGCCGAGUAAUUAAAGCUUUAAACAAUAACUGGCAUCCCGAUUGUUUCAACUGUCAAAUUUGUCAGAUUCCAUUAGCUGACCAAGGAUUCAUUAAAAACGCCGGUCGUGCCUUGUGUCAUGAAUGUAAUGCUCGGGAAAAAGCAGCAGCCAUUGGGAAAUAUAUUUGCCACAAAUGUCAUGCUAUUAUUGAUGAAGGAGCUCCGCUUAAGUAUAAGAGUGAACCUUAUCAUCCAUACCAUUUCAAUUGUUUCUCUUGUGGUGUCGAGCUUGAUUCUAAUGCCAGAGAGGUUAAAGGUGAACUUUACUGCUUAAGAUGUCACGAUAAAAUGGGAAUACCUAUCUGUGGAUCUUGUCAUAGACCCAUUGAAGAAAGAAUCGUAACCGCCUUGGGGAAAAAUUGGCACGUUGAACAUUUCGUAUGUGCUAAAUGCGAAAAACCUUUCCUAGGUCAUAGACAUUACGAGAAAAAGGGAUUGGCCUAUUGUGAGACUCAUUACCAUCAAUUGUUUGGUAAUUUGUGUUUCGUUUGCAAUCAAGUGAUAAGCGGCGACGUGUUCACGGCUCUAAACAAGGCUUGGUGUGUUGACCAUUUCAGCUGUUCCUUUUGCGAUGUCAAAUUAACACAGAAGAGCAAAUUUUACGACGUUGACCUUAAGCCAUGUUGUAAACGAUGUUUCGAAAAGUUUCCCUCCGAAUUAAGGAAAAGAUUGAAGAAACAUUAUUCAGAAAAAGCCACCGGAAGUAAAAGCAUUUUAUAAACUCGAAACAAUCGCACUUAUAAUAAUAUUAAUCGAUCACCGAGAACAUCGCAUUUCUAUCAUCAUCUUUACUACUGCCCUGUUUGUGAUCUUUGACCUGAAUCCAUCCAUUGGAAAACCAUUAGAAUGGCCCAGGAAUAAUUAACUAUUUUAACAAUUUACCUUUUAAAUUGUUUCACAAUUUAUGCAAUUAUUUGGUUUGCAUAGAGAAAAUUUUAUCAACUCUUCUUUGACAUGCCUUUCAAUUAGUGCCAAUAACAUACUACACAAUUGAUCUGGAAUUAAUUAAUUACUUCAUCAAUGGAGCUUUUAAUUAUACAGUCGAUUAUUAACUUAAAUGAUUUUUACAAUUAAUCAAUUUUAUCGUUAUUUGGUUAUCAUUAUUAUGAUUAUUCCGAGGCUAUUGACUUUUUCUGAUUCUCUUACCUUAACUUUUGGACAAUCGAGUUUAAUUAUCAUUAAGUUUUUAAAUAAUCUCUUCAAUCUUAAUUAUAUCACAACGAACGGACAAAACGGAGAUUAACCCAAUCAAAGCUCCAAUGGAAAUUAAUUAAUACGAAAACAAUCAAAUUGAAUCACUUUUUCGGGUCCAGAUAAAUUGUUGGUCAUAAUUAGCAGUUCGAUAUCUCGAAUGUCCAGUUAAUUUUUCUUUUCUUUCUUUCUGUUAAUUAUUGUUAAUUAACUUUCUCAAACAAAUUGUGUUCACAUCUAAUUGGAAACCCAACGUUAUCCAUAAUAUUUUAAUUCUUGACAAUUAUUCUCAUAAAUAACAUUUCCUUUUAAAUCACUGA